AUGCUCUCCACGUCUUUUUGCUCUCAUAUUGUUCAUUACGAGCCCCCAAGGGAAUUCCUUGUGCCCAAAUUCUCCACGUACGACGGGUCCAGCGACCCCUUCGACCAUAUCAUGCAUUAUCGACAACUCAUGACUCUCGAUAUAGGAAACGACGCACUACUAUGCAAAGUAUUCCCCGCCAGCCUACAAUGGCAGACCCUCUCAUGGUUUCACCGCCUACCUCCCAACUUUGUUGAUAAUUUCAAGGACCUGUCGGAAGCAUUCGUGGGACAAUACUUAUGCUCCGCUAGGCAAAAACAGAACAUCACCACUCUGCAAAACAUAAAACUGCAGGACAACGAGUCUUUGAGGGAAUUUGUGAAGCAGUUUGGUCAAGUCGUGUUACAAGUAGAGGCUUACAGCAUGGAUGUUGUCCUGCAUAUCUUCAAGCGAAGCAUCUGUCUAGGAACCCAAUUUUUCGAAUCAUUGGCUAAGAAGCCUCCUACGACGAUGGACGACUUGUUCCGGCGCGCGAGCAAAUACUCAAUGCUCGAAGAUGACGUGCGAGCAGCCACUCAACAAAUCUUGGUUGCCGGACAGGCAUCCAGAAGUGGUGCGGAAAGAAGUGCCAAACUUCCGGAUCGACCAAGGCCGUCCGGACGAAGGCAGGAAGAGCCAAGCCGCCCCUCACACCCCUUUCCAUAUCCUAUGAGAAUCUUCUCCCUAUGA